UAGCCACAAAGAUGAGAUGUUUGGACACGUCUCUAUCACUCCAACAACACAACAACUUGUGAGCAUACAAAAAGACCGACCCUGAUUCAUACACGAACACACAUAUAUAUAUAUAUUGAUACUAUAAAUGUAUAUGUAGGGUUUAACUCUCUCCUUCUCCUUCUCGGCGACAACAAUGGCGUCUCUUCUGACCUCUCCCAUAACAAAGCCCAAACCUUUCUUCCUCUCCUCGCCUCCACGACCACUAACCGCACCGCCGUCGUUGAAUCUCGCCGGGAUCUCACUCACCCACAACCAAAAGCUCGCUCCUUUCAGGCUCCCCAGCCUCCUCGUCUCCUCCGCACUCAAGAGAGAUGUCGCCGCCGCAGCUGCUGCUUCAGCGGCGGAGUCUGAGGGAGAUUACAGAAGGAUAAUGCUUUCGGAUGUGAUGGUGAAGAAGAAGAAGGACAAGGCGGUUUGGUGGGAGAGAGAGUGGACUUCGAUGGAUUUCGGAGCUGUUGCUGUGGUUGUCUCCAUGCAUUUGCUUAGCUUGUUGGCUCCGUUUCAGUUUAACUGGAGAGCUGUCUCGGUUGCUUUUGUGCUUUAUAUCGUGACGGGUCUUCUGGGGAUUACUCUGUCUUUUCAUAGGAAUCUUACUCAUAGAAGCUUCAAGCUUCCUAAGUGGCUUGAGUACUUGUUUGCUUAUUGUGGAGCUCAGGCUCUUCAGGGGCACCCUAUUGAUUGGGUGAGUACGCAUAGGUACCAUCAUCAGUUUUGUGAUUCAGACAAAGAUCCUCAUAGCCCGCUUGAAGGGUUUUGGUUUAGUCACAUGAAUUGGAUGUUUGAUACCAAUACUAUCACGCAAAGGGUUGGAGAGCCUAAUAAUGUUGGGGACUUGGAGAAGCAGCCUUUCUAUCAGUUCCUUAAAAACACCUACAUUUGGCAUCCGGUGGCUCUGGCGGUUGCUCUUUACGCAAUGGGUGGCUUCCCCUUCAUCGUUUGGGGAAUGGGUGUAAGGAUAGUAUGGGUAUAUCACAUAACUUGGCUAGUAAACUCAGCUUGUCACGUUUGGGGAAACCAAGCAUGGAACACUGGAGAUUUGUCUAAGAACAACUGGUGGGUAGCAGCUCUAGCAUUUGGAGAAGGAUGGCACAACAAUCACCAUGCUUUCGAGUUCUCUGCUCGACAUGGACUUGAAUGGUGGCAAUUUGAUAUGACUUGGUACGUCGUUAGAUUCCUCCAAGCCGUUGGAUUAGCAACCGAUGUUAAGCUUCCAUCAGAAGCUCAGAAAGAAAGAAUGGCACUUACAACCAGUGAUUGAUGAUAGUACGUAGUAACUAUGUGGUCACCACCGGAAUCAAAACUGUUGUACGUCUCGAGCUAUGAAAACUAAAAGAGUUUUUGUUUUUUUUGGUGUCUUUACAUAUAAACGUAUAUAUAUGUUCUAUGCAAGAGGUGUAUGUGACAAACUGAUUAUGAAUUCUAAGUUUAUCUUGUUA